AUGGGCAACUGUAACGCUUGUGUGAGGCCUGACCAAGACUCCAAACGCCACCAGGAGCAAGAGAAACAGCGGAGACGUAAGAAAAAAGAGAAAGAACGGAGGCCAAACCCGUACUCCUCCCACUUCAGCGACCAGAUCCUCUCCCCCGCUCCGAUCCGUGUCCUCAAAGACAUAAUUCCUCUCAGUCACCGGACUCGCAUAACUGACAAGUACGUCUUGGGCCGGGAACUGGGCCGUGGCGAGUUCGGCAUCACCUACCUCUGUACGGACCGCGAGACAAAAGAAGACCUUGCAUGCAAGUCAAUAUCCAAGCGGAAACUACGGACAGCCGUGGAUAUUGAGGACGUCAGACGCGAAGUGAUGAUAAUGUCAACGCUGCCAAAUCAUCCUAACGUGAUUAAACUCAGAGCCACGUACGAGGACUCAGAGAAUGUUCACUUGGUUAUGGAGUUGUGCGAGGGUGGGGAGCUAUUUGAUAGGAUUGUAGCGAGAGGGCAUUAUAGUGAAAGAGCGGCUGCUGCAGUGGCCAGGACGAUAAUGGAGGUGGUGAGAAUGUGUCAUGAAAAUGGUGUGAUGCAUAGGGACUUGAAGCCUGAGAACUUUUUGUUUGCGAACAAGAAGGAGAAUUCACUUCUCAAGGCUAUUGAUUUUGGGCUUUCCGUGACUUUUAAGCCUGGGGACAAGUUCUCAGAGAUCGUGGGCAGUCCAUACUAUAUGGCGCCUGAAGUGUUGAAGAGGAAUUAUGGGCCUGAAGUUGACGUAUGGAGUGCUGGGGUGAUUCUUUAUAUUUUGUUAUGCGGGGUUCCCCCAUUUUGGGCAGAGACUGAACAGGGUGUUGCUCUAGCAAUUUUGAGGGGGGUCAUUGACUUCAAGAGGGAGCCAUGGCCUCAGAUUUCGGAAAAUGCUAAGAGUCUUGUUCGGAUGAUGUUGGAACAGGAUCCUAAGAAGCGGCCAACUGCUCAACAGGUGCUUGAACACCCCUGGUUACAAAAUGCAAAGAAAGCAUCAAAUGUCCCAUUAGGUGAUAUUGUCAGGACAAGGCUAAGGCAGUUCUCUGUUAUGAAUAGAUUUAAGAAGAAAGCACUGCGGGUAAUUGCAGAACACUUAUCUGUUGAAGAGGUAGAAGUAAUUAGAGAUAUGUUUAAAUUGAUGGACACGGAUAAUGAUGGAAAAGUAACAUAUGAGGAACUGAAGACAGGGCUUCGGAAAGUUGGUUCACAGUUGGCUGAACCAGAGAUGAGGAUGUUGAUGGAAGUGGCUGAUGUUGAUGGGAAUGGAGUUCUUGACUAUGGAGAGUUUGUAGCAGUAACAAUUCACCUGCAGAAGAUGGAAAACGAUGAGCAUUUUCGCAGAGCAUUCAUGUUUUUUGACAAAGAUGGGAGCGGGUAUAUUGAGUUAGAUGAGCUGCGGGAGGCGUUAGCUGAUGAGUCAGGGGAAACAGAUACUGAUGUAUUGAAUGACAUUAUGCGUGAAGUUGAUACUGACAAGGAUGGGUGUAUCAGUUAUGAUGAGUUUGUUGCGAUGAUGAAAACUGGAACUGAUUGGAGAAAGGCAUCUCGCCAGUAUUCAAGGGAGAGAUUCAAGAGUUUGAGCCUUAACCUGAUGAAAGACGGUUCACUUCAGCUUCACGAUGCAAUGACCGGUCAAGCUAUUGCUGUCUGACUUAGGGUGUUGUUGAUUUAGUUUUGUUUGUGCCCUGGGGUAUUUCUUUCCAGUUAUAUUUAUACAUACUAUUCUUGGAGAGUAUGGGCUGUGCGUGGCCCCUGGAUUUUCACAAAAUGUGAAUUUUAAGUUGAAGAACCUUCCUGGAGGGGAGACCAAAGAUUCUUUGGUACUAAUUGGAGUUUGGUUGGGUUUAAGCAUGCCGGAGAAGACUGCACAUUGGUUAAGGUUGCUGCCACUGCCGGAGAUCUUGACGGAAUAAGUACUCUGAAAUUCAUGUGCCCGUAUUUGAUUUUGUAUAUAUAUGUAAUGUCAAAUGUCAAUGGUGUUUGGUUUAACUUGGUUUUCUACCUCUGUAUUUUGUUGAUAAACCAGUUAAGAGUUGUUUAUUGGCCUUGGCCAUGUGAAUUUCAAGGAAUUUUCAAUUUUCCUUUUACUCUUGCAGAA